AUGGGUUUCUGGCCAUAUUCUGCGGAUGAGUACAGAAUUCGGUCAUUUCGUAUCAUAUCCUCUUCGGGGCCUCGGGCAGAAGAAUUUAAUAGAGCAACUUUGCUUUUUUGUCUUUUCCACUAUCACUAUUAUCUGUUUUCUGAGUCUAAGCCUGCUGCUUGCCGCUCUUUGUCCAACCAUCAAACCCUAGGGGAGAGGUGGCGAGCAAGACUGGAUCUUGAAACGACUGCAACGAUAGCCUGGGUAAUAGUGCGGUGCGGCUGUUUCUCGAGAGAAAAUCAGGAAAUUGGACGGCUUGAAACUCCAUGGCCGAGGAGCUCGUCUCCGCCGGAGCCCCACCGGGAAAAAGGACUUUAUGGUGUCGAAUUCCAGAGACAGACAACAUACUAA